UGUUUACAUGAACCAACAUGGCGUCAUGCAGCAGAUCGCAGGUGAUCUCCUUAUACAGGAUGCUUAUAAAAGAGAGCAAAAAAUUCCCCUCUUACAAUUACAGAACAUAUGCCCUGCGCAGGGUAAAGGAUAGCUUCAGGGAGAAUCUCCAUGUUGAUAACCCAAAAACUCUGGACAUGCUGCUCAACCAGGCCAGAGAGAAUCUUGCUGUCAUCAAGAGACAGGUGUCCAUUGGCCAGAUGUACACUGCUCAGAGGACCAUUGUGGAGGAAACUGGAGUGCACAGGGACCUCUGAGUUUGUAGUAGUGGUGUUGUGAUUGUUGUUAUCAUAGGAUGUCUUGGACCACAUUUUGGACAGUUAAAGUCAUGUUUUGCUAUGGUAACAACACUGAGGAAAGGCUUUAGUCCCAGAAAGCACUUACACCAGACAACAUUUCUCUCUGAUGUAUUGAAAUGUAUGAUCUCUUUUUAAAACUCUUAACUCAUGUUAUCAUUUAUAUGUAUUUGUAACAGCUUGUAGUGAUAUGUAAUACCCCUUUGUUGCAAUGACUGCAGCAUCUCAAUUAAACAGUAAUAUGUGCAGUAUGUGGUUUUAGAGUUUGGCUGGAUGUUGUUAUAAUACUAUUUAAUAAUUUCACAUGAUUUACUCUCAAUGUUUAAAUGUCACUACUUCUGGUGUCUAAGCCACAGAUUAUUAUAAAUUCAUGCUCUGCUUGUUGAGUCAAGCCUUGACGAUCACAGAAGACACCGUUUGUGUAUGUACUAUGGCAGAUGUUUAACUUGUGCUGAAAAGCUUUUUCCAAACCGCUGUUCGUUGAAGCUCAGAUUAGAGAAACUAAUUCACGACUGAACAUGUGAUAAACAUGAGCGCAAUCUGGCCAAGUUGCCGUAAAUUAAGCGGAUAUCAAUGAAUAUAAAAUGUAUUAUUAGCUUUGUCUCUAAUGAAAUACAGUAACUAAAGCUUAAAGGGGUAAUCAACAUUUCAAACACUGAUGCGGCACAUCGCUGCAUUUUUUUUUUUUAGAUGAAAAGCUGAGGGAUGGGGCCGAAGAAAUCAACUCUCAAAUUCAUAGACGGGGCAAUGGAGGCAAGGACUGCCCAUUCAUAAGAUGAAAGUUUGUAAACAGACACGGUAUAGCUUCAAAAUAUGUGGUAAGAUGGUUGAACUAAACUCAUUGGGAAUUUAUAAAUAUUCUUCAAGAAUCAAUGGCAACAGUAAGUAGUUUUAUUUAUUUCACCUUUAUUUAACCAGGUAGGCAAGUUAAAGAACAAGUUCUCAUUUACAACUGCGACCUGGCCAAGAUAAAGCAAAGCAGUUGGACACAUACAACGACAGAGUUACACAUGGAGUAAAACAAACAUACUGUCAAUAAUACAGUAUAAACAAGUCUAUAUACGAUGUGAGCAAAUGAGGUGAGAUAAGGGAGGUAAAGGCAAAAAAAAGGCCAUGGUGGCAAAGUAAAUAUAAUAUAGCAAGUAAAACACUGCAAUGGUAGAUUUGCAGUGGAAGAAUGUGCAAAGUAGAAAUAAAAAUAAUGGGGUGCAAAGGAGCUAAAUAAAUAUAAAAAAACAAAAAUACAGUAGGGAAAGUCACUUGCUGAUUGCUCCUUUAAUAAUACAUUUUAACGUGACAAAUGAUAAAUAUGGAACUGAUAGACUCUGACAAGAACUGCCGUAAAGUGCUCUACUCUUAACACUGCUCAACCCUUGUAGUAUUCGUCGGUCUGUUAUUGUUUUGUUCUCACAGAAAUGACCACAAUCUAAUACAAAUAAAUGGGAGAGUGCUCUGAUGAGAUAUUCAGGUAAGGCACAUAAUGCAUGUGAACCUCCUCUCCUACCAGAUACAUUUUCCCUGUCCGUCACAAGCAGUGGGGGCUGCUGAGGGGAGGACGGCACGAAUGGAAUGGCAUUGUUACCUUUCCACUUAUACCACUCCAGCCAUUACCACACGCCCAUCCUCCCCAAUUAAGGUGCCACCAAACUCCUGUGAUUUACAAGUACAUCUUGUGUAUCUGGAAAUGUCUGCUAUAAAUGACUACUCGUGGCUUCAUCAGCAUGCAGUACUAAUUUCCAUUUCAUACGUCAUGAUCUUUCAGCAGAUAUACCAGGCAGUGGAAAUUCAAGCUUUAUGUCAUGUAGAACUCAUGAGGGUUUUCCCUAAAGGUGCAAUCUGUAAGAUUUUCUACUGCUCGUUGGUCAUUUCAACUAUGCUGAGCAAAAAUAUAAAUGGAACAUUUAACAAUUUCAUUGAUUCUUACAGUUCAUAUGAGGAAAUCAGUCAAUUGAAAUAAAUUCAUCAGGCCAUAAUCUAUGGAUUUCACAUGACUGGGAAUACAUAUAUGCAUCUUUUGGUCACAGAUACCUUAAAGAAAUGGGACUCCCAGUAUUCUUUUGCAUUCAAAUUGCCAUUGAUAAAAUGCAAUCGUGUUCGCAACGUUGACAUCAGCAAACUGCAAACCCACACAACGCCAUACACGUGGUCUGCGGCUUUGAAGACGGUUGGACGUGGUGCCAAAUUCUCUAUAAUGAUGUUGAAUGCGGAUUAUGAUAGAGAAAUUAACAUUAAAUUAUUUGGCAACAGCUCUGGUCGACAUUACUGCAGUCAGCAUGCCGAUUACAUGCUCCCUCAACUUGAGACAUCUGUGUCAUUGUGUUGUGUGACCAAACAGCACAUUUUAUAGUGGCCUUUUAUUGUCCCCAGCACAAGGUGCACCUGUGUAAUGAUCAUGCUGUUUAAUCAGCUUCUUAAUAUGCCACACCUAUCAGGUGUGUGAAUUAUCUUGGCAAAUAAGAAAUGCUCACUAAUAGGGAUGUAAACAAAUUUGUGCACAACAUUUGAGAGAAAUAAGCCAUUUGUGUGUAUGGAACAUCUCUGGGAUCUUUUAUUUCAGCUCAUGAAACAUGGGACCAACAACAUGUGUUUAGAUGUAUUUCUCAAUGUAAUUGAAGCUCCUUCAAAUUUUAUGAAUGUGGAUACAUUGAUUUAUAUUUUUUUAUGUGUAUUUUUAUCAGUGCAAGAGGCGUCACUACAGCCGCCCAGGUUCGAUUUCAGGCUGUAUCACAUCUGGCCAUGAUUGGGAGUCUCAUAAGGCAACGCACAAUUGACCAAGCAUCGUCCGGGUUUGGCCGGGGUAGGCCAUCAUUGUAAAUAAUAAUAUGUUAUUAACUGACUUGCCUAGUUUAAUGAAUUAUUAUUAUUUUUUAAAGAAGCUUUUAAACAAAUGUGUAACUUCAACUGCACAGUCUCCACACCUAGAACACAUGCACUCACUCACUCACUCACUCACACACACACACACACAUCACAACUGCUGCUGCAAGACUCUUAUUUAUUAUUGCUAAAUACUGCACAAUUUAAAAACUUGCCCCCCAAUCCCCCCUUCCACAAAAUGUGUAAAUAUUGGAUGAUAAAUUGUGCCUUCCUGUAUUAUACUUAUGCUUAAAUGUGUAUUCUAUUCUACUGAGCCAUUUACUUUACGUUCGUAUUCUUAUCUUUUAUUAUUUGUUAUUGUUGUUGCAUUGUCGAGAAGGAACCUGUAAGUAAGCAUUUGGUUGGACAUCCAUGUGUAUUUUGUACGUACGACUAAUAACACUUGAAACUGAUGUUUCAAAAUAAAUGUCAUGAAAUGUAAUUCCUUGACCACUACUGAUCUUACGUAUGGGACAUCUCAUCUAAUGCACAUUUCUGUUGGCAGGCCAGGGCCACGUUUGGUUGCCUAACAUUCUCGAACGUUGCAGAAAUGCUGUCAAUAGAGAUUAUGUGAUUCCUUAUACUACAUGUAAGAGAGGUAUGUUUGUUCUACAUAGCAUAUUUCUAUCUGAACGAUCCAAAACGUCGCGUCCUUCUGAACGAGGAAAAUGCAUAUUUGAUGGUUUGGACAAAGACUACAGGUUUCUAAACUGUGGUUUAGAGUUUUGCUAUGGUCGCGAUUGGCUACUUUAAACACGCGAUUGGCUACUUUAAACACGUGACAAGCAAGCACGCUGGCUCUCUAGCCGGAAGUAGUUUACACGUUCAGAGAGGAACAUACUCUAUUUCACAUGUUUGAUUCGCAAGUGUGUGUAUAGCUAAAUGUCUUUGGUUUAAAUGUGUUUAGAUUUGUUGUUGUUGAUACAAGUCUAAUAAAAUGUACCCGGAGCUAGACAAGUGUCCAAGAAGUUUACUUGUUUGCGAGAAAUCGAACUUUGAGCAUGAAAAGUCUAGACACGACACUCACGUGUCAAAACAUUAUUUUAACCACAAGGUGUCGGUUGUAAUACCGGGAUGUGGUGCCCUUUCUUCCCGGCUGGCCAGUGUCAUAAACAAUUUCAGCAAGUAUUUUCUGGUGAAAAAUUUACCAGUCUAUGAAUUUUUGGAUAAAGACUUCUUGAAGAAUGUUGUGUGGAAUGGUGCUCUGUAUGCUCUUUCCUACAAGACAAGCAUUGACCAGGAUAACACCAUUGCACUUCUCCCUAGCGGUCAGCUGAUCCUCUCUGUGGAUAAGGACACGUAUGAACAGCUGGGUCUGGAGGGAAAGCCGUCACAGUACAAUCACAGACAGCCCAUGAGAUAUGUCGUGACCAUUAACCUGACGGACAAAUCCAUGGCGCCGGAAGGGAAGCGCUACCAGCGAGUUCUCUCCAGCCUUAAAGAAAGGGUGCCUCUGAAAAGCGACUUCCUGCUAGGACGGCACAAUUCAGGGGCGGAUAGGGAUAGAGCGCUGCAGAGUCUCCUGUCCCGUUACCAGUGGAAAGAGCACAGACCAGUGGUCAGUAGCCACACCCUGAAGGAUAUGCCAUGUCCAUCCCUGAACGCUUUGGACCUGCGCGGGGACCAGCGGUCUUGUGACCCCCACAGCUUCCUGGAGUGGCUUGGAGCAGUGAGCGCUGGUGUCAGUUGUGACAAUACAGCAGCCAGCUUCCUCUCAACAUACGUCUGUCCAGAGCCCCAAACACUGGUGAGCCAAGCCCUGCAUUGUACAGUGUCCGGCCUGCUGCUGCCCGAAGACAUCUACUCUCUGCUGCAGGAACUGCAGCGGUACUUUGACGAACCCAAAAUCACAUCCUGGCUGUCACUGACUGUACACGGCUUCAUGGACAGUCCCGUUUCCUGGGGAGAUGCAGAACACGGGUUUCACAAGGGUGGCGAAAACUUCUACAACCUCGUCCUCUUCAAGAACCAGGACUACUGGUUGCACAUGGGCACUGGCUCCCAUGAUAGAUGUCCCCCAUGAUGACCACAAAACAAAAUUAUUAUUUUAUUUUUUUCCCAGCUUGUUUUUUUAGGAAAAUAUGGUAUUAUGUGUACAAAACUGUUCACACAAUUUACUGCUUAUCAAUUCUGAUGUUUCUAAAGAAAUCUACUAAUUUGCUCAAUCUUAAUUUUUUGUCUUUGCCAUCUUCAAUAAAAUAAUUGAGUCCAACUGAAGUGCUCAUA